AAUUGAAGUUGCAUGAAUAUGUUAUUAUGUCAGGCUUAGGCUUUUAAGUUUAUCAAUAGAAAAUUAUUUGAAAAAGUGCUCUCUAAUUUGGAAUACCGAACGAUGCCCCUCCUGCAACAUUGCUGCCGUGUGUGGCCAAGAUCAGUUAUAUUGCAACGCUGUUGCCACACGUUGCCCACUCAAAAUUUAAAGAGUAUCGAUGAUGCGUUGGUGAAGGGAAAGUUAUUUCAGACGGAGGCGAUACUCAAGCAUGCUACAACUUUGUAUAAACCCGACGAGAUGAUGUUGUGCUUCAAUGGUGGCAAGGAUUGCACCGUGCUGUUGGACGUGCUGACCAGACAAUGCAAGGAUGCGACGCCAUUGCGUGCGAUAUGCGUCAAUUCCCACCACCCGCAGCGUUAUUCCGUCAAGCUGCAACGAUACAACGGUCCCCUCAAGCUCGCCGUCGAACAAGCGCUGGCCGAGCAGCCGCAGGUGCGUGCCAUGUUUCUGGGCUGCCGACGCACCGAUCCUGGCUGUGCUGAGCUCACACCGAUGAUGCCCUGCGACAAUGGCUGGCCAUCGCUAAUGCGCAUCUUUCCUCUGCUAGACUGGAGCUAUCACGACGUUUGGAACUAUCUCCGCAGUCGUCAGCUGCCUUAUUGUUCGCUCUAUGAUCAGGGCUACACAUCGUUAGGGGAACGCAGCAGCACUCGGAUGAAUCCCAGCUUGUUAGCCUAUGAUGAGCAGCUGGGUAAAUUGAUUUAUCGGCCGGCGUAUGAGCUCAAGGAUGACAAACUGGAGCGUGCCAAUCGCGAAGAUACUCAACUAGUUAAUCGCACUCGCCAGCAUCAUCAAAAUCCCUAAAGCAAAGCAUCCUUGCAUACAAAAAAGUCAAAUAGAAAUCAUGUCAAGUGCAAGUGUA